ACUCUUGUUUUAUUUUCCCGCUCAAAUUCCGUAUCCAGCAGCCGCCACGCGGGCCGACCGAAGCGCAGCGCCGCCGGUCCCCGCCCACAGCCGGGCGGAGGCAGGGCCGCGGCUUCAGGCCUUCCGCCCGGCUGGGGGCGGAGCCGCCUCCGACCGCCCGCCCUUCCCGGAUCCCGACAUGGCGGAGUAUUCCUGCGUCAAAUCCACCAAGCUCGUCCUCAAAGGGUCGAAAGAGAAGAGCAAGAAAAAGCACAAAGAAAAGAAAAGGAAAAGGGAGGAGGAUGCGGCAGAGCAGCUCGAUAUUGUUGGAAACUGGUGGGCUGUCAGUAAUUUUGGUGAAAUUACAGGAACUAUAGCUAUAGAAAUGGAUAAAGGAGCUUACAUCCAUGCCCUCGACAAUGGCUUGUUUACACUUGGAGCACCGCAUAAAGGUGAUGAAGGCCCUAGUCCUCCUGAGCAGUUUACCGCAGUAAAGUUAUCUGAUACAAGGAUUGCUCUCAAGUCUGGUUAUGGCAAGUACCUUGGUAUAAAUUCAGACGGGCUUGUUGUUGGACGUUCUGAUGCAAUAGGAUCAAGAGAGCAGUGGGAACCUGUCUUCCAAGAUAGGAAAAUGGCAUUACUAGCAGCAAACAGCCGUUUUAUUAGGUGUAAUGAAGAGGGGGACAUAGAAGCCAAAAGCAAAACUGCAGGGGAAGAAGAAAUGAUAAAGAUUCGUACUUGUGCUGAAAGAGAAGCAAAGAAGAAAGAUGACGUUCCACAAGAAGACAAAGGAAAUGUUAAACAGUGUGAAAUCAAUUACGUGAAGAAAUUCCAAAGUUUUCAAGACAAAAAGCUUAAAAUAAGCAAAGAAGAUACAAAAGCCCUUAGAAAAGCCAGAAAAGAAGGCACUUUUCAUGAAAUGCUACUUGACAGGAGAGCUAAAGUGAAAGCAGAUAGAUACUGCAAGUGACAUCCAGCUGGCCCAUUUUCUUCUGCAACUUUGAUGGCAGCGUGAAAUUGAAAAAGAGUAAAAUAUUUUGUAGUUGUUUUUUAUUUAAGGUAUUUUUAAGUAUCUUCAGGAAUUGUAUUAAAAUUUUCUCAAAUAUAAAUAACCCAGUUAUCUUGUUAACUGUA